GGCCAGCAGCGGCUGGCGGCCGCGGGAUUUCAGAGUGGAGAGGUGGUCGGCCUCCGGAGGCGGCCGGGAAGGCGGGAGCUCCGGGAGAGGCUCGGGUGAACGCUUUGAAAACAGAUAAGACACUGUGGAAAGUAGAAUGUCAGAAGAUAUUGAAGGAAUUGAAAAAGAAAUAGAAAUUGAAUUAGGCAGAAUCAGUGUUACGUCCUUUGAAGCAGACGAUCCUGACACAGAGGCAUCAGAUGAACCUUUGAGUGACAGUGAGACAAUUUCAGAUGGCUUACCAGAAUCAGUUCUCUCCUAUUUAAACUUUAUGAAGAGCAGCAAUCAAGAUGCUGAAAAGCUUAUACUGCAAGACUUAGAAGAUGAACAAAUUACAAAUGACAUUUAUGGAGAAGUUUCUAGUCAUACUUCUGAAUCAAAUGAAGAUCCAGAACAAUUUAAAGAAAAGAUGCUGCUUGAAAUUGAAAAUGAAGUCUUCCAGAUUACUACAACACCUAGUUAUAGUCAAUCCACCAGUGAUGAACUGGUCACUGAUGACCACUUGCUUACAGCUGGUCUUGAAAUGAGCAUAAACCCUACUCAUCAUGAAAUAGAAGAAAAAUGUAGACAGGAACUUGAGCUUGAAGAUAAGAGGAAAAAGUGGAAGGCUGAGAGAGAAUUACGGGAAAAACAGAAUGAAGAAGAACAUGCAAGAAGGAUGAGGCACCUGGAGCAAUUUGAGGCUGAAAGAGUAAAGUUAGACCUUCUUCAUAAGAAACGCCAAGCUGCAAUAGAAGAUGAGCUACAGAAAGAAAAAAAAGUGUGGAGAGACAAAAUGAUGCAACAUGAGGAAUUGAUCAUGAAGCUACAGAUGCAAAUGAAAGAGGAGAAAAAGGCCUUGGAAGAGCAAAAAGCAAAAGAGAGACAACAAUUGGCUGAAAAACAGAAUAUGGCUGCUGUGAAAAUUCAAGCUAGAUUUAGAUCAUUUUUAGUCCAUAAAAAAUAUGCUCCCAUUUUAAAAGAAUGGAAAUAUGAAAUGAGAAAGAAGCAGAAAAUGCUAGAAGAAAUAGAGAGAGAAAGGAAAGAAAGAGAGGAAAAACUGAAGAGGCGAGUGGAGGAAAAUAGGCUUAAGAGAGAAGAGGGAAGAAAGAGACAAGAAGAACUUGAAAGACAAGAAUAUUUGGAACGGAUGAAGAGGCAUGAGGAAUAUGAGAAAAAGAAAGAAAGCCUGAGACUGGAAAGAGAAAAACAACUGCAAGUAAAAAGAGAAGAACAGACAAAACUAGAACAAAAAAAAGUAAAAGCUAUGAUGAGUGAAAGUGGAGAAAAUAACAAAGAAAACAUAAAAAAUGAUAAUCACACAGAAAAUACAAAAGUAAUAAGAGAACAAAAGAAGGAACUAAAUAAACAAGGGGAGGAACAAAAAGAAAAACAUGCUGAAAUGAUGGACGGAACAAAUAAUUGGAUGAUGCUAGUAGAAAGAAAUUUGACACCAACACCAAGUAUGCUAGGCUCUGAGAAGGAACAUUCUUCUCAAGUAAAUAAUGAGAAUAUAUAUAUGAAUUCAGUAACACAAAUAGAAGAAAAUUGCUCACAAACUAGCUAUCUUAAUGAAGCUCCAAAUAAUCAUACUUCAAAGGAGGAGUCUCUUAACUUUGGAGCUAAUGACAUGGUAGAAAAUAAGGCAAUAUGCAGCAGUCCACCAGAUGUCCAACCAAACGCUAGUAAUAGAGAAGUUGAAGAUCAGUUUUGUCAGUAUGAAACAACGAAGAAAACUGUAUAUCUAGUGGAAAAUGCUAAUGAGGAAGUCAGAGACACCUGGGACAGAAUUCAAGAUGUAGCAGAGUCUUCCAGUAAACUAAUUUUUCCUAAUGAUAUUGAAAAGAAGAGAAUAAACUGGAUGACCACAUGUAAAUCUUGGUCUAAAAUAUAUGAAGAAAACCAAAGAAAGCAAGCAACUCUUAAAAAACGACCAAGGAAAAGUUCAGUUAGCAAGAUGCCUCCAUUAAGUGCAGAAAAGAUAAUUCAUAGUGGCCCAUGGAGUACCUUGCAGCAGGUUACAACACUUAUGCUUGAAGAUUUGCCAGCUUGUAGCCUCUCAACGUUAUCUGAGUGUUCAAAUCUUCAAGUUUUGACUCUGAGACGCUGUGGACUAGUUUCACUGGAAGGACUAAGUAGCUGCAAAGACCUUAAGUAUAUCAAUGUGGAGGAGAACAACAUUCAGAUAAUUGACUGUGAAAAUCUAGAAAAUCUUCGUGUUCUCAUUCUGAGUAAGAACCAUCUGUCAUCAGUUUGUGGCUUAGAUGGCUGCAAAAAUCUCCAAAAUCUUGAACUUUCCUACAAUAGAAUCACCCGAUUUGGUGGUCUGAAGUCACUGAAAAAUCUUCAGCAAUUAACUGUGGACCAUAAUCAGUUAAUCAGCACAAAAGGUCUUUGUGAGGUACCUACUCUCAUUUACCUAGACUGCUCUUUUAAUCAUCUCACACAAGUUGAAGACAUUGAGAAUUGUGGCCUACUUCAAGUUCUGAAGUUGCAAGGCAAUAAUCUCCAGGAGCUUCCAAGACUGGAAAAUCAUGUUCUGCUAAGAGAACUAUAUUUGGAUGACAAUAGCAUUUCUGCUGUGAGAAUGCUUUCUUUUUAUUGGUUGCCUCUAUUGCAGAUUCUUUUUCUAUCUCAAAAUAGAUUAACUGAGCUUGUGCCUUUAAAUACAUUUGUGUCUUUGGAAAAGCUGAAUAUCAAAAAUAACUGCUUGUCAGAUCUUGAAGAUGUCCUUACAUGGUUAAAUGGCUGUCAUAAACUGAAGGAGUUGUUAUUCAGUGGAAAUCCUUUUCUUCAAGAAAGGAACUGGAGAUCUUCCUUGUUUAAGGUUCUUCCUAGUUUACAGUCUCUUGAUGAUGAAAUCUUAACCUAUCAUACUUUACCAACAACUGAAAGAAUCAAAGAAUCAGAAUUAAGAACUUUUCUGGAACUUUGUCAACUUCAAAUUGAAGAAAAUAUUCAACUGAAAAAAAAGGCUACUGAAUUGGAAAUUGCCUCUUCUAUUGAUUCUGCACAGGGACAAUGCUGGUAUUUUAAUCAGUUGAUGAAAAUUAGUAUUAAACAUCGAUACGCACAUGAGUACGGUGAACUAUAUGUUACUGACAGAGAUGGACCAGAAGCACUUCAAAAUCAUUUAGAGCAAACAUCCACUGGCUGCCUACAGGAAAAUAACCUCUUUAUCAUGGGUGUGACGGAAAAUAAACAGGUCUUGUUGGAUCCUUCCGAAAGAUGGAUUACUACUGGCGAUACUCAGGCCACAUUCAUUAACUCCUCCAUACCUGUGCACCAAAAGGAAAAUAAAGAAGAUCAGAUAGUGAAGCAGAAGAGUACUGAAUCUUGUAUUAAUUACAGUGGGGAGAGCAAAGGCAACAAUAACAUGUCAGCCCAAGUCACAUCACAACAAUCAGUGAUAGGAGCAAGUACUAUGGGAAGAAAUGUCCAGCAUUUUGAGAAUCAUAUGGAAAGACUACAUAUGGCAGCAUCAGUGAUCCAGGCUCUUUGGCGGCAGUACCAUGCUCGGAAUAAAAAUAACUGCAACAAAACAGAGAAUCAUCAGUAUAUAGAAGCAUUGAGACAGAAGCAUGAAGCUGCCACAGUAAUCCAGGCAUUUUGGAAGGGUUUUCUUUUGCGAAAGAAACUGGCCAGUGCUCUUGCAGCUGUUAAAAGUGAUGAAGUGGAGGAUGAAUACGAAGAAAUAAAUGUGGAUGCUUUCACCUUUUCUGAAAAGUUUUCUAGGCCUUCAGAUUCCAGUGAACAAUCAGCUAGUUUGCCACUGUCACCCCAAGAAGUUUGGCAGCGUGCUAACAGACCACAUUCAUACUCUGCAGAAAAUAUCCAUUUUCAUAGCAGGUCAGGCAAGGGAAUAAUGUCACAGCUUUCUGACUGGAAGGACAAAAAUAAAUUUUUGUUUAUGUCUGAAAAAGAAGAGAAAAUUUCAGAAGAAUGGGGUUUCAAAGAUAUUUCUACUGCACAGCUAAUGAUGAAGAGGGCCCAAAAAAUGAAGCCUAAAAAAUAUAGUAAUAAAAGUUUAGACCCAGCUGUGCGCCUGGCGUUGUUCAAAAACAAUGAAAAUAAACAUCUCCAUGUGAAAUCUCCAAAGAAGACACAGCCUGUAAAUGCUGGAUACUUUGAAGGUAAAAAAGAAGAAUGUUCUCAGCUGGAUUCUGCUUUAGAUGAGAAAUUACAAAGGAGAAAAGACUUUACAUACCAAUGGCUUCAUGCACAGCUUUUGGAUUAUGAAGCAACGAGUUCCAGAAAUACGAAGUGCUGUCGUUUUUUGCCUGAGUUAGAUCCUGCAAUAUGUGACAGUAGACGAGUACAGCUUGUGGCAAGCCCUGUAAGCAGAGAAGACAUGGAUUUAGAACUUGUUUCUAUGGCCAGUGGAAGUGCUUUGACUGAGAACAGAAUAAAAAACACACUGCCACACAGACACUCAACAAGAUCUUCCAAAAAGAAUAUUUCUACUCCAGAAAAAUCAUGUUUGGGUCCAUCUCGUAAAGAACGGAUAUCAUUUCGAGACCAUCCAGUACAGCUCAGCGGAGGAUGGGGAGCAGGCAAAAAAAGGCAAAAGCUUAAAAAUAUUAGCUGAAUAUUUGAGAUAAUUUAACUAGUUGAUUUAAUCAAAUAUGGAGAGCAUAUGGAGACCUGUUUCUUUUUAAGCCAGUGAAUAUCAAUUGUUGGAUUCUCAUUUAUUACCAAUAAAGCAGCUUCAGUUAACUACAUUUGACUUAUUUUAUUAUACAUGGUUACAGUGGUUUGGGUUUUGUGUUUUUGGUCAAAGUAUUUUAUACCUGUCAGUAAGUUAUCAUAGUUUGUGUUUUCAAUUGCUUAUAUGUUCAUGUGGUGUAGAAUGCAGAACUGAUUAACUCUACAAGGUUUGUUGUACAGUGACUAAGUUUAGGUUUGCUUAUAAGAACUGGAUGAGAAGUCCAAAUGUAAUAAGAGUUCAUGUCAUGUAUGUCACAUAUUGAAACACUGAAUUCUCAUUUUCUCACUAAAUAAAAUACAUACUUGCAAACUGUGUUGUGAAUUGUAACAACCAUCAGUGCUAUUCUUAGAGAAGUCUGUUUAGAAUAUUUUACUAAAGCAGCAAAAAUUCGCAGCAAUCUACAAAUGGUGAGAAUGCAUUUUUCUUUUUUUAAGAAUAUGAGAAGUCCUUUGGAUUUUUCAUCAUGAAUUAUUGUCAUAAUAGGAUAAAACAACCUGUUAUAGUUUUAUACUUUCAAAUACUUCUAAUGAUUUCCUAGAAGAUUAAAGAAAAAAAUAAUUGUAAAGGUUCCCAUUUUGUUCUGGAGUAAUGAAAAAUUAGACCUACAUCACACUGUUAACCCAACUUAAUUUGUCCAUGUAGCCAGGCUCCUUCAGACCCAUGUGUAAACAUUUUGUGGUGCAAGGAGAUCUAGAGAAACAGAAGAGAAAUACUAUUUCAACUAUUCAUGGGUAUCUAACUCAUUACUUCUGAUGAAUCCUUUGUUCAUCAACAUACAGGACAGAAAAUGUUCCUUGAUUUCAAAGCCUAACAUUAUUUUAAUGUUUUCCACUUUGAGGGGAGAAGUUGCUAAUUGAAUCUAGAGAAACCUGUCUUUGGUAUUUACUUGUCUGUUUUUGUCUGAUAUUGUGAGCCUCAGCUCCCUACAGACAGAGAAAGAGGUGGAGGAAGGCAAUGGGAAUUGAAACUUCAGUAAGAAAAGAAUAUAAACUCUUAAUGUUGUGGUAGUUUUUAAAAUGUACUUACAUUGCUUGUGACAUUAUUUUGUGAAGUGCUUUUUAUGCUAACAUACACAUUUGUAUGGUUUAAAAGCAGUUACCUCCAUUUUUGUGAAUACUCACAUUAAUUUUCAGAUAAAAAGAUGGUCAA